ACACACGACUUCGGUCAAUAAGAGUAGAAGAACCUGCGAUGACUUGACGAACGACGACGACUACGGCUCACGAACAUUCAGCUUGGCGUCCGCCGUCCUGCUCGCUCGGCCGCUCCAGUAUGCCCUCAGCAGGUUUCUUGAUCUAUUCAGGCGUAAUGCCGCUCAUUAAAACGUUUAUAUCUAUAUUUUGCGGCUAUUUCUUGGCCAAGAAGGGCAUGUUCCCCGCUGCCGCGUCCAAGGGUGCAUCUCAGAUUACCAUGAACGUCUCGCUCCCCUUGCUGGUCUUUGCCAACAUAGUGCCAGCAUUCACACCUCAAAACAUCUCCGCAUUAGGCCCGCUGUUCCUCACCGCUUUCGUGUACAUGAUCGUUGGGUUCUUGAGCGGCGUCAUCAUUCGCGAAGUGUGCUACCAACUGGGGGAAUCUCCGCGAGUGCCCCACAUCUGUCGUGCCGCGCGCUCACUCAUUAUUACCACAGCAAACGCCAUCGUAAUGUCUGUAACCCAACAAGCCCCGUUUGACCCCAACACCGAUCCGCAGCUGGGCGUAUCGUUCGUGUCUAUCUUCAUCGUGUCAUACCACCUCGUAUUCUGGGUCUGCGGCGCAGCCCACUCGCUUUCAUGGGAUUACCUUCCUGGCAUACCACAAGGCGAAGAAGCUGAGCGGCGGUGCUCAUGGAAGGAGAAACCCCUGGGCUCGCUCGUUGCCCGACACAUCCUCCGCGAGCCGAGGCCGGCACCGCGAGAGGCUUCUGUCGGAUCUGCAGUCGCGGGCCCCGUUUUCCCAGAAGAGGAGAAGGAGAAGGAUCUCGAGGCCAUCUUUUCCAUGGCGGUGCCCGAGCAGACGCUUCACGACGAUCCGGCCGAGGCAGACCCAGAGGUCCAGCUCGUGCGGCGCAUCUCACGCCUGUCUUCGCUGUCAACAGCACACCAGCAGACCGUGCCUGAAUUCUCUCAGGCCGCCGCGGUCGCCGACCUGUCGCACGACUCGGGGAGCGUGACCGCGGCGCCCAGCGUGGCCGCGGCACCCAGUGUGGCCUCGCACGCCCCCAGGACGACCCGCCUCCCCGCAACCGUGCUGCGCUCGCUGCGCCCGUUGAAGGCCAUCGUCACGCCUGUGACGGUCGCGAUCGCGAUCGCGCUGCCCAUCGCGCUGGUGCAAGACCUGAAGGCCCUCUUCGUCGACGUCUCGAGCGAGGGCGGGCCAGACUGGAAGGGCCCGGACGGCAACCCACCGCUCGCGUUCGUCAUCGACACGGCGAGCUUCAUCGGCAACAUCGCCGUCCCGCUCGCGCUCAUCAUGCUCGGCGCGUCGUUCGCCCGCCUGCGAGUCCCGCGCCCGCUCUCGCGCCUGCCGAUCAUGGCCAUGCUCGCCGUGACGCUCGUCAAGAUGGCGCUCCUCCCCGUCCUCGGCGUCUUCAUGGUCCAGGGCAUGACCGCCGGCGGCCUCAUCGACCGUUCGUCCAAGGCCGAGCGGUUCGUGGCGAUGUUGCUCAGCGGCACGCCCGCAGCAGUCAAUCAGAUGAUUGUUGCAAGCCUCUUCGCGCCGGACGGCAACGUAGACACGCUCUCGGCCUUCCUGCUGAUGCAAUGUAAGUUGGGCUGUCCUUGAUUCCCGAAGACCGCGGACUGAUGGCGUGGACCCUAAGACACAUUCAUGUUCUUCUCAUCCUCUGCCAUCACGGCCAUCGCGCUGCUGCUGCUAUAGACAUGCCCCUGGGCGGCCUCGUUUUGCAUAAAAGGACCUGCGCGCGUGCUGCGCACAUCUUAGACUAGAUCACACGUCACCGCAUUGUCCUAGACAAGCCAUUACAAGCCGAUUUGUGUCCCGCACGGACUCUCCUCCUCCGCAUCACACAUCACCCAGAGCGUACCGAGACCACUGACGGACCUGAGCCUGAGCUGAGGUAGCACUUGUUGUUCAGGAUCCGCGGGAAUGUCGCCGUCCUCCACUGCAAUGCGAAAGUUGUUGCCCUUCGCUUGUGCAUCCGUGUCUACCACAAGACACACGCCGCAG